ACAAAAUGUAUAACUUGUACUAAUUUUAGGAUAAGCGAUUGAGAAAAGCAUACGGACUUUAUAUUUUUCAUUGAAAUGCUUUUAGUUUUUAAGCUAGAUCCCGGAAAUGGGUAAAAAAGUUUGAGUUAACUCCCGCUCUGCGGUUAACUUCUGUCAUGUUACCAUAACAAUGGACAGAAGCAAAUUGGACAAAAUAAUUACACGUUUCCAGGCGCGUGCGCGCGGAUACCUCACGAGAACCGAAGUGUGGCGCGCGCGUGAGGACUUUGAGGAGAUCGUAAGGGAGGUAGAAGGAGAUCUGAUUCAUUUAAGAUGGACUGAUACGACCUUAUCCAUCCCACACUUUACAGACACAGAUGGAGCAUGUCUUCAGCCUGCUAGACGUUUACUGAAGCCACCAGACCCAGAACUAGACGUCAGUACUUCCCAGAGUCCAGAUUCCCUAGAAGAGGAGGGACAGGAGCGCUGUGUCCACCCGGAGAGGACAGAAGCUGAAAGGGAGGAUUGGUCCAGCAUUCCUCUGAGAUGUGAUGGAGGGAUGAUGGAGAGCACAAGAAGGUCCUCCGUCGUCUGGAGCAGUCCAGAGCUGGACCAUAAUGUCUACCCUCAGAAAGGUUUCCAGCAGUACUGCCUGGCGCAGGAGGUUCCCCGAACUUCACAGGCGCUGCGUCUCCAUAGAAACACUUUGACCAUGGAGCUGGUCUGGCUCCAACAAGCUAUCGACAGCAGGAAGAAGUACCUAUCGCUGAAGGACAAACUUUACAAAGUCGAACGUUUGGCUCCUGACUCACCCUAAUAUCAUCUUUGUUGAAAAUGAUUAGUAUUUAUUAUUUAUGAUAUAAUGUAUAAUGUGGUGCAUUUAAAACAUGCAUGUAAAAGGAAAUAAAUUAUAUUUUUCUACAAAGAUAUCUCUGCUUUAUCUGAUGGACCGUUAUUAUUUUCCACCAGUUAGUCAGGAAAGUAGCUCAUUCAGCUUAAUUCAAAAGCUAAUCUUUGGUUAAACCUGAUCCAUUGUGAAAAAAUCUGAUAAAAAUGAUCAUUUAGGAGGUUUGUUGUGUAAUUAUUCCACCAUAAUGGUUUGUAAAUAUCUUUAAAACAAGGCCUGACACAAUUAAUCGUGAUUAAUCGUCAACUAAUUUAGCAAUCAAUUAAUUGUUAAUUGGAGUAUAAAGACUCAAAUAUAUGCAUUUGCUGACACAAAAAACAACAUAAUGAGAGCAAUAAGUAAGCCAAAACUGUACAAAAU